CUGAAAUGGUUUGACAUGGACCAUGGACGUUUCCAUCGAUGACAUGUAAAGAUUUGACAUUUCUGUAACCUCUUCUCUUUUCGCAAACGUCUGUUUACGGCGCAACACGUUUCGUGUCUUUACGACUUAAAAAAUGCGUUACGUGGCCGCGUAUUUGUUAGCCGUGCUGGGCGGCAAGCCAUCCCCAGCUGCAGCGGACCUGGAAAAGAUCCUCAGCUCAGUCGGUAUUGAAGCUGACUCUGACAAACUAAAGAGAGUCAUUGAUGAGCUCAAAGGAAAGUCUGUUGAGGACUUGAUUGUGCAAGGUCGUGAGAAGCUGUCCUCGAUGCCAGCGGGAGGCGCAGCCCCGGCUGCUGCAGCUGCCGCGCCUGCCGCUGCAGCUGUUGAGGAGAAGAAAGAAGAGAAGGAGACCAAGAAGGAAGACUCUGAGUCUGACGAUGAAGACAUGGGCUUCGGUCUCUUUGACUAAGCAUAGCAAGGUUGCGAUGCACGCGGUUUAUUAUUCCAUUUUUGGUGUAAGCGUAAAUUGACUAUAAAAGUAUGUUUCUGUGAAAUAUACAGUGCAAAAAAACUUGA